AUAUCGCAACUUAACCGCGAACAAGUCGAUGAGCACAUGGACGAUCAGCCAAUGGAAAGAGAACAAUUUAGACCUAUUGAAGUCAACGCCCAUGAUCUGUUUGAUGAGCCGAUCCCACCCGCAUCAAUCGAAUGGCAAGGGCUUUUGCCCUCAAUGGACAAUCAAGAAGAUAUGAUUGGCAACGAAUUAGACAAGAUCAAAGGACAACUAAAAUCGCUCACAAAUGCUGUAUAG